ACCCAGACAUCGUGCGUUACGCGAUCUCUAUUAAGUUCUACUUUAUCAUACAUCUACAACUUUCUUUCAAGUUUACCCUACUUCAACUUCUGGCUGUCUGCCAAACCCCCAAUCUUUCCACCCUCAGCUUUCGCUUAUACCAACACCCAUUCGAUGGGAGAAACCGAAUCUAAAUCCGCGAAUGGUGCAGUUCACGCCACUACCACGUCGGACUCGUCGACCGUCGCUGCCGGUCAGGACGACCAGCCUCCUAUAGCGGAGCCCCCCGACCUAGCUAUAGAGAAGCCAAUCCUUCCCCACACGCUCUCUGCUCAUCGCGUCGCUCAGGACCUCAAGUCCGACGUCGACGAUGGUUUGAGCAGCGAGGAGGCUGCCGCCCGACUUGCUCGGGAUGGCCCUAAUUCCAUCAAAGGCGCCAAGGGUAUCUCCCUCUAUGAGAUCUUUAUCCAGCAGGUUGCCAAUGCCUUGACUGUCGUCCUCAUCGCCGUGACCGCUCUGUCCUUUGCUAUCUCGGACUACAUUGAGGGUGCCGUCGUCGCCGCCGUCAUUGUACUCAACAUCGUUGUCGGGUAUGUCUUUGCUGCGUCAAAAGCUCAGUUAAUCUGCUCGAGCUGUCGCUUGCUGUUGCUACAACUCCCCACUUCGUUGUUGCACUUUGCUACACCUUCUGUUCCUUGUUCCUGCUGCCAUACGGUGAAGCCUGUGAUUUUGCCAUGCACCAUCCAGUCGCUCUACGCCCUUUCCACUCCCAAGUGUAAGGUCAUCCGCGAUGGCCAGAGUGAAACCGUCAAGGCAGAAACUCUUGUCAAGGGUGACAUUGUCUCCCUGGCCACUGGCGAUGUUGUUCCUGCCGAUUUGCGUCUGGUCCAAGGUAUCAACGUCUCUACCGAUGAGGCACUUUUAACCGGUGAAUCGAUCGCCAUCAGCAAGAAGCCUGAUGUCAUCUUUACCGACCCUGAUAUGCCCAUGGGAGACCGUAUCAACCUGGCCUACUCCGGAAGCUCUGUCACUCGUGGUCGAGCUACUGGUAUUGUUAUCGCUACUGGUAUGGAGACUGAGGUCGGCCAAAUCGCCGAACUCUUGCGCAAGAACAAGAACGAUGAUACUCAGAGGACCGGUGUUAACCGUCUCGCAUGGAAGUUCUACCAGUUCAGCCGCAGAAUCCUUGGUCUCGAAGGCACCCCUCUUCAGGUCACUCUUAGCAAGUUUGCCCUGCUGCUAUUCGCCUUUGCCAUUCUUCUCGCCAUUAUCGUCUUUUCAGUCAGUCUCUGGAAAAUUACCGAUGAGGUUCUUCUUUACGGAAUCUGCGUUGGUGUCGCCGUUAUUCCUGAGUCCCUUCUUGCCGUCUUGACUGUCACCAUGGCCGUCGCCACCAAGGCAAUGGUCCGCGGUAAUGUUAUUGUUCGACAGAUGCCUUCUCUUGAGGCCGUUGGUGGUGUCACCAACAUCUGCUCCGACAAGACCGGCACACUGACUCAAGGACGCAUGAUCACCCGAAAGGUCUGGCUCCGUGGCGAUCUCCAAGGUACCGUUGAAGGUACCGCCAACCCAUAUGACCCUUAUAGUGGUACUGUCAAGUGGUCCGCUGAUCUGGCUGGAAGCUACUUGAACACCUUCCUCAAGGUCCUCACUCUCUGCAACAACUCUACAGUUAGCGAUGGCAAGAAGGAGCCCGAGACAGAUUCCAGCAGCAUCAUUACGUCUGAGGACACCGAAUGGAAGGCCGUUGGUGAGCCGACCGAAAUUGCACUCAAGGUUUUCGCCAUGAGAUUCGGUCGCAACACCACUGGGGGUGACAUCCUGGUGGCCGAGCAUCCUUUCGAUUCUUCCUGCAAGCUCAUGAGUGUCGUCUACGGCAACGAAAUUGAGCAAACCCGACACGUCUAUACCAAGGGUGCUGUUGAGGUUCUUCUCACUAAACUUUCCGAAACCGAAGAAUUCAAGAAAGAAAUUCUUCUCAAGGCAGAGGAACUCGCUAGUCAAGGUCUGCGAGUGCUUUGCAUUGCCACCAAGCCUAUGAAUGGCGACGUUCAGGACUGCCAUGAUCGUGCCAAGGUCGAAGACGACCUCCAGUUUGUCGGUCUUGCUGGUCUCUAUGACCCUCCCCGUCCCGAGACUGCUGGUGCCGUGGCUCAAUGCCGUGCCGCCGGUGUUACUGUCCACAUGGUUACUGGUGAUCACAUCAAGACUGCCACUGCCAUUGCUUACGAAGUUGGUAUCCUCAACAAGGACAUUCGUCUCAAGUCCAACACCGUCAUGGCAGCCGCCGACUUUGGCGCUCUCAGUGACGACCAGAUUGAUGCUUUGGAUGAACUCCCCGUUGUCCUCGCUCGUUGCAGCCCCCUGACCAAGGUCCGCAUGAUUGAAGCUCUUCAUCGCCGCAAGGCUUUCUGUAUUAUGACUGGUGACGGUGUCAACGAUUCCCCCGCCCUCAAGCAGGCUGAUGUCGGUAUUGCCAUGGGAGACCGUGGUAGCGAUGUUGCCAAAGAGGCCGCUGACAUGGUCUUGACCGACGACAACUUUGCCUCUAUCGUUACCGGUAUCCAGGAGGGUCGACGACUUGCCGACAACAUCCAAAAGUUCCUUUUGCAUCUUCUCACCUCCAAUUUGGCUCAGGUUGUUCUGUUGCUCAUUGGUCUUGCUUUCAAGGAUGUUAACGGAACCGCCGUCUUUCCUCUUUCCCCUCUCGAGAUUCUUUGGGCCAACCUUGUCACCUCAUCGCCUUUGGCUCUUGGUCUCGGUUUGGAGGAGGCUUCCCCUGAUAUCCUUCGCCGACCCCCUCGCAGCUUGCGCAGUGGUGUCUUCACCUUUGACCUCGUUCGCGAUCAGCUCGUUUAUGGAUUCUGCUCAGGCUCUCUUUGUCUGGCCGCUUUCAUGAUUGUCAACUACGCUUCGUCUGGUCAGGGUUACUACAACAUGGUCCCUCACUGCAACGAGAGCGGAACCGAGGGCUGUGACCUCGUCUACCGUGCCCGUGCUACAACCUUUUCCACCUUGGCCAUUUUGUUGUUGGUCACAGCUUGGGAGGUGAAGCAUUUCCACCGCAGCUUGUUCAAUAUGGAUGAGCAUGCUUCGGGUCCCUUUUCCGUGUUCAAGACCAUCUACCACAACAAGUUCCUCUUUUGGUCCGUUGUUGCUGGUUUCGUCAUGAUUUUCCCCAUUGUCUACAUCCCCUACCUCAACACUGAGGUGUUCAAGCACAAGGGUCUCACAUGGGAGUGGGGAGUUGUGGCCGGCUGUGUCAUCGUCUACGUUGCUCUUAUCGAGACUUGGAAGGCGAUGAAGAGACGGUUCAACUGGGGCAUUGACACCCACCCCAUCACCCAGGGCCAGGUUGACGUUUAAGUGGCAUAAAGUGGUGAAUGAAAAUCGGUGCUGUAGGUGCAGAUAGUCGAAGCUGGAGGACAGGUUUUGGGAUAUGCACACGGUCUUGAAAUUGUUUGGUAUUAUACUUAUUGUUAUUAUCCUCUAGUCAAUAUAUUUCCUGUCG